GGGCCGGGGGCGCGGCGGCGUCGGGCUGGCUGCGCCCGCAGCGCCGCGGGAUCUGUGAGAAUGACUAUGUUCUUCUGUCUCCCAUUCUUCAUAACUGGAUCUCAAAGCAGCUAUAGUUUGGAAGAGAGCCUUGAAUAUCCUGCUCAGUUAUGAGAAACAUUUACCAACAUAAAAUAGUCUGGAAAAAGAUUUUUUUAAGAAAAUCAAAGAGCACAGAACCCUUUAAUAAAACAGAAGACAUUUAGCAUUUCAUAAGCUUUUGGCUGUCCGAGUCAUAAAAAAAUGAAUCGUUACACAAUUAUGAAACAACUGGGUGAUGGCACCUAUGGCAGCGUGUUGAUGGGAAAGAGCAAUGAGUCAGGAGAACUUGUGGCUAUCAAAAGAAUGAAAAGGAAGUUCUAUUCAUGGGAUGAAUGUAUGAAUUUGAGAGAAGUCAAGUCUCUGAAGAAGCUAAACCAUGCCAAUGUAAUAAAAUUGAAGGAAGUCAUACGAGAAAAUGACCACCUUUACUUUGUAUUUGAGUACAUGAAGGAAAAUCUCUAUCAGCUAAUGAAGGAUAGAAACAAGUUUUUUCCUGAGUCAGUCAUCAGAAACAUGAUGUAUCAGAUAUUGCAAGGACUGGCUUUCAUCCACAAACAUGGAUUUUUUCAUAGGGAUAUGAAGCCUGAAAACCUUCUCUGUAGUGGACCAGAACUUGUGAAAAUCGCAGAUUUUGGGUUGGCUAGAGAACUAAGAUCUCAGCCACCUUACACAGAUUAUGUUUCUACCAGGUGGUACCGUGCUCCUGAAGUUUUGCUGAGAUCUUCUGUCUAUAGCUCACCUAUUGAUAUUUGGGCAGUUGGUAGCAUAAUGGCUGAGUUAUACACACUCAGACCUCUUUUCCCAGGCACAAGUGAAGUAGAUGAAAUCUUUAAAAUUUGCCAAGUCCUAGGGACUCCAAAGAAGAGUGACUGGACAGAAGGAUACCACCUUGCUUCUGCCAUGAAUUUCCGUUUCCCACAAUGUGUCCCUAUAAGCCUAAAAACUCUCAUCCCAAAUGCAAGCAAUGAAGCAAUACAGCUUAUGAGUGAUAUGUUGAACUGGAAUCCAAAGAAGAGACCUACAGCAAGUCAGGCUUUGAAGUACCCUUACUUUCAAGUUGGCCAAAUUUUAGGACCUCCCCCACAGUAUCUGGAGAAGCAGACUCCUGUUAAACUGGUUCAGCCAACAGAGCCAAAGCCAUCUUUACCUAAACUGGAAGCUAAGCCAGAACCUCUGUCUUCGCCUGAUUUACCUGACAAAACACAGCCACAGCCCUUGCCAAAGGUUAACCACCAGCCUCUCCAGCAAAUUCAAUUGCCUCAGAAUACAGCUAACCAGCAAGUACCAAAGCAGCAGCAGCCACAGGCACAACCACUUUUUCCAAUUAUCAAUAAAAACUCAUCACCUAAACAGGCAGCUAGUGGACUUCUGAAUGGUGUACUAGGUCCUAAAAACUGCAGAAGACGGUGGGGUCAGACUUUGGUAAAGGCUGUGGAUAGCUGGGAUGACUUGGAUGACCCUGAACUUGGAAUGUCAUCUUCAAAGAAGCCUAGCAUUGCACUGUUGAAAGAAAAGAAAAACAAGGAGUUUCUUUUUAGUGUGCCAGAACCAAAAGCUUCAUGCUGUAUCCAGCCAGGAGGGGAAAACAAGAGUGUGAUGAAAAAUGAUUCUGAAAGGUCAAAUACAUCAGCAAAAGAUUAUUAUAUAAACCAAUCAAGAUAUCUGCCUGGUGUAAACCCAAAGAGUGUCUCUUUAGCAGCAGUCAAUAAAGAAGGAUCACACGGAACCUGGAACAACCAGUUGUUUGCUAAAUCACUGGCAAAUGCUGGGGGAGGAUUGACUUACAGGAGAAAUACUACAGAUGAGAACUUAAUUAUACCUAUUGAAAAGCUAUCAUGCAAAGAAAGGUUGAAUGAAAAAUUAGAAGAUCCAAAAGGAAAUCCUGGCUUUGUAAGUAGUGGUGCUUACAACCCAUCAGGACUACACACCUCUUCUUUCCACAAAAAAGAAGUUGGAUCAGCUGGACAACGGAUACAGCUAGCACCUCUUGGUGCACCUGUAUCAGAUUAUUCCUGGAAAAACAAAGUUGCUCGUCCUCCAUUACCAGGUCCUACUUUCAAUGCAGCAACAAAAAACAUGAGUAUCUUUACUCACCCCCCAACAAUUCAGCGAGUGCAUGGAAGAACAGACUGGGUGGCCAAGUAUGGAGGAAACAGAUAGAAAAUACAUCCUGUGUGGAUAUUACAUGCUCUGUGUUCAGUUCUCCUGCACUUGGAAACCUGAAAAAGCCUAUUUGCUCCAGCUUUUCUUAAGACUAUGCAACAGUAAAGAAGAAAAAAAGACCUUGCGUUCUAUUAUUUGUAUAGUACAUAUAAUACCAUGUAAAAUACUGGCUGUAAAGUAGGAUGCAAUGAAGUAUUGUACAAUACAUAUUGCCAAAACUAAGAAGUAGAUUUCACCUGAUGUUUUCUAUAGAUAAAUCUCCUGAUCUCAUACUCUUUGGAACAACAAAGGAUAAGGUUGUUCAUCCAGUGCAACAUCUGCUGCUGGAACGUGCUUGAAGCACACAGGCAGCACAAAGAAGGGCUGAAGCAGAGCAGCACCAGGCUUCCAGGUGUGAGGCUGGUUCCUUAGCAUGAAGACAAGAGUGAAAGCACAGAUCUGGCUUUGUGAAGAGCAUCAGUGUCCUGCAAGGAUUUCAGAACUCACUAAGAGUUACUCAGGGUCUGUAAGGUGUAAAUAUUCAUGUAGCAAUGAGAACUGAAACCCUUGUAGUAGGACAUAGGCAAUCCACUGAUAUUACACAAGGAAGGUCUAGAAAUCUGGCUGAUAGAGGGCUAUUGAAUGAUACAGCAAUAUGGGAAAAUAGUUAAACAAGUACUGAAUACUACUUACCAGGUUGUAAAGUAAAGCCUAACAAUCAGAUUGUGCUGUUUUAAUUAACUUAUUGCCAUUUUUUGUCAAAGAUCUGUAAAGAUUUAUCUCUGGUCUGUCAAGGGAGUGUCACAGUGACCUUUUAAAGAGCCAAAUAACUGCAGUCUGUCAGUCAUUUUAAGGGUGAAUUAGCCAAAAAUGCGUAAAUUAUCACUAAACUCAUGUUCCUGUAUGUCUUUAUUGGGUGAUUGGACUAAACUACAGAGUUUGAAUAGGCUACAUGAGGAAGAUUAUUGAUCUGUUCUUCAAAGACAUUGCUUUCUGUUUUAGAUCUUAAAGGCCAACUUAGGUACCUGAAAACACGGACAAAACUGUAAUAAUUCAGUAUGUCAGUGUUUAUAUGCUCAUUCAGUACUUUCCCCAGCUUUUAUGCUAACUUAUAUAAUAAUAUUGCCCAAAGGACUUUGCAAUGUACAGUGAAUUUUUAUUAGGAUGUUGAGCUGGGCUACUUCUUUUAACAGCUGUAUUUAGAAUAAAUGCUUUAGACUUUAUAGUAACAUUAAACUUGCCAUUUUAAAGUAAAGACUGAGAAUGCUCUUUUCAGACAUCAAGUUGUUAAUGAUGACUUCAAGCAUUUUUAAAAAAUAAAUUUAUUUGUAUGGCUUUUAUAAAUGAAUAUUAAACUUUAAACUCCUUUUGUGUUAUAAUGUAUGGGUUACAUUAACUUCCUGAAAAGCAAUUUAAUCUAAAACAGUUGUACCAAAAAGUCAAAUAUUUUGUUAGGAAAAUUGCACCGAAAGUAAACACUACUUUUUUUUAAUACUGUAAGAGCUACACAAGGAUAGGGCUGUCUGGUUAGUAAUGCACUAGAGAGUUUAAUUCAAUUGCCACUGGUCUAGGAUUAAGUAUUUGCCAUUCCCUUAGUAAUAAGAGAUGUCCCUAUGCUGCAUAAAUGCAUCUUAAAUUAACUGUACAACAUAUCUGUAACUUGCUAUGGCAAGGAAGGACACCCUCAGACAGUUUGCAACAGGCAUAAAAGCUAUGAUUUUAUAAUUAAAAAACAAAAUUAAUUACU